ACAGCCAAUACCGCCGUCAAACUCCCGACUGCUGUUCUCUCAACCUCAGUUAAAGCCAAAGCUAGGGCUAAGAAAGACGCAGAGCAGAAAGCUAUUGCUGAAAAAACAUCCGGUGCGGAAAAGUCCGUCAGUGAAAGUGGAUCUGGAAAAGGAAAAGCAUCAACUGAGAAGGAAGGAGACUCUAUGCAGGUCGAUAGCACAGCAACAGUCGAGAAGAAAGCUGCUGAGCCAGAGCCAGCGUUUGAGAUUUUAGUGAACCCAGCUCGAGUAGUCCCAGCUCAAGAGAAAUACAUAAAGUUACUUGAAGACAGCAGAUACGUACCAGUGAAGCUAGCUCCAUCAGGUUUCGUUCUUCUCAAAGACUUGCGUCAACACGAGCCAGAGGUUCUCUCCCUGACCGAUGCACCAACUUCAACAGCUUCUCCUGCAACCGGUGCAGCAGCAGCUGCACAAGGAACCACUGCCUCGGCUAUGGCCGUAGAUGACGAGCCACAACCUCCACAAGCCUUUGAUUAUGCUUCAUAAUUGUAUUCUCUUUUAAAAUUAGUUGGAAUUUGUUGUUGGUUUUAUUGGUUUUUGUUGAAAGACAAAAAGCAAAGAAAAAACAUAUCUUUGAACUUUGAGAUACUGCUUCUUGUCAUUUGCAAUUGGUUUCGAGUUCAACUACGAUCUUGUGUUAGGUACUUUUCUUUUUUUAUUACAAUCUAAAUUUUAGUGUCAUUUUAAUUUCA